ACUUUCAAAGAAAAACCAAUACUAUACACUGAGAAGUGAGAAACAAAGAAGCGACCCCAAUGUUCCCUCUGUUCUUCUUCUUCUUCUUCUUCUUCUCUUUCUCAAUUCUCCUAUGUCCACCGGCUGUUGCCCAGAAAGCACUAGUAGCACCUAUUCAAAAAGAUCCCGAUAGCCUCCUUUACACAAUCACAGUUUAUUUGAAAACCCCACUCCAACCCACCAAAUUACACCUCGACCUAGGCGCUUCCUUCACCUGGCUCGACUGCUUCAGAGAUUACAACUCCACUUCUUACCAACACAUCCCCUGCAGUUCUUCUCUUUGCACUUCUUUCCACUCCGUUGCGUGCGGCAACUGCAACGACACUCUUGGCCCCGCCUGCGCCAACAACUCCUGCUUUCUUUACCCCGAAAACCCUAUCACUCGCCAGGCCACUCUAGCCACCGCACUGGUCGAUUCGCUCGCGUUGCCCACUACCGAUGGGACAACUAUUGGUGAAAUGGUUAUUGUACCAGAGUUUGUCUUCUCCUGUGCAAGGCCAUUCCUUCUUAAUGGUCUUGCCAAGGAGGUCACUGGACUAGCCGCACUCGGCAGGUCUCAACAUUCGCUUCCGGUGCAGAUUAGUGAUGCCGUCUCUUCUCCGCACUAUUUUGCGCUUUGUCUCUCUGGCUCCUCCACAGAACACGGCGUGGCGUUCUUUGCAACUAGUGGCCCCUACUACUUUUUGCCACGAGUUGAUCUCUCGAAAUCGCUUGUUUACACUGGCCUCCUUUUGAAUCCAGUUGGCAGCACCGUAAUAUCCUACAAUCAACAACCGUCCGAUGAGUAUUACAUAAAUUUGACUUCCGUCAAAGUCAACGGAAAACCUAUUCAACUCAACUCCUCGCAGCUAUCCUUCGAUGAGAACGGGUUCGGAGGAACAAAGCUCAGCACCGACACUUCGUAUACCACCUUAGAGAGCUCUAUUUACAGGGCUUUCGUAGAAGCUUUUGUUAAUGAAUCCGCUGGGCUGAACCUCACUGUGACGAGUGUAGUGAAGCCCUUCGAUGUGUGUUAUCAAGCGACUGAUGUCAUUAGCACGCGUGUGGGACCGGGGGUCCCGACUGUUGAUUUCGUGAUGGAGAGUGAGGAUGUGUUUUGGAGGAUUUUUGGAUGGAAUUCGAUGGUGAUGAUUGAGAGAGAUGGGGUGGAUUUGUGGUGCUUGGGAUUUGUAGAUGGUGGGGUGAAUGCGAGAGCGUCGAUCGUGAUCGGUGGGCAUCAGAUGGAGGAUAAUUUACUGGAGUUUGAUAUGGAGUCCAAGAGAUUAGGAUUUAGCUCCUCUCUAUUGCUAAAGGGGACCUCAUUUUACGUCAGCAUAAAGGGGGUUUGCCGGUGGCGAUGGUGGUGUCUGAGGAACAGUGGCAGGACUAUUGGGUGGCAGUAGUGGCUUCUUUGCUUUCUCCUCACACGAACCUUUGCCAGCACCACCACAAGUAAUUUCGAAAUCAUGGUGAGAAGAAUCUGAACCACCGCUGCCUCCACCGUCACUAGAUUGACUUGGGCCAGCAUUAUCGGCAGGUUUGGCUGGUCCAUUCUCCACUUUAGGCUUAGGCUCAGGCAGGUUAUUUUCAGUACGACUCGAGUCGGCAUCAUUGUUGUCUUUGAAAAUCAUGUUUAUUUUUUUUAUGUGGGCAACCUCUACUUGUUUCAGCCUUGGGUUCUUGGAAAAUUCUUCCAGUUGCUUCAGUUGAACAUGUUCAAAUCCAUCGGCAUUGUUUAAGUUUUCGUUGUUAA